AUGGCGACACAACUUUUGAUCGUUGGAUCUCUGAGGAUCUCAAACGACUGCGGUUUGGGAAUGUGUCUCAUUGGAGUUUGGGGAGUAGGAAACCUUCCUGAACAUGGGUUUAUGCACUUAGAGAAUACCGGUAUAAAUAAGACGUGUACCCGCCCGGGCAACGUCAGCUGGAGCGGAAAUGCCCGAGCUUGCGGACGCGUCCGGGAGAUAUGUAUCUGCCUGGAGGGCUAUUUUGCCCGGAAAGAGCAUUUGAAUGAAAUCACCCUGAAGCUCUCGAUCAGACAGCCUGAGAAUCCAGUUUUCGACACAAACAGAACAAUGCAGCUGAUUGCGAAAGUCAUCUGGCUUGCGUUUCGGAUAAUGCUUUUCGAGAAGGUUGCACACGGAGCGGCACCACCAAUAACUUGUCACGGGAACGCGAGCACUCUUGAUUGUUCGCGACGAACGUCAAACGAUCCUCACCUGGCUGAGGGACAGACAAGGGGGGAAAGCGAGCUGAAGUUGCUGGUGAAACGCAAUUCAAGACCUUCUGGUGCAGAUCAACGCGUCCAUGGGCGGGAUGUCUUGCCAGCUGGCAUUGCGAAAACCCUCGACAAGAGAAAGGAAGGGUGGAGGACAAUGCCAGCUUUCGUGCGUAAUAUGUGGGUUGUAUGGAUGGGCGGGCCUUGGGGGACGCCGGGCUUGUCACGCUACGAAUCUCUGGAGAGGUUUUGCCCAGCGAAGACUCAUACUAUUUGUUUUCUUUUUCUGGCUGUCGUCGGCUUCGGGUUGUUCGACCGCAGCGAGCAAACGACGCUCUCGCAGGCCCGCCCGUGGCUAGUUGAGGCAAUUCGAGGCAGCGGCUACGCCUCCCGUUUUGCUACUUCCUGCAGCAACGCGGGCGGCGGGCGGCGGCCAGCGGAUCAACUGAUCUUCCAGUACCAAGAGUCUCGGCGAGCAGACAAGCAAAUCCCAAGUCCCUCUCCCGGGCUUGGCGCUCACCACUCGCUCGACUCCUUUGCCACACGUGCGAGGCCCCUGGAGUCUGAUUGGUUCCGCCGCAAGCUCAUACACUUCCCGUCGGCUCCUGUCUUGCACCGGUCUUAG